GCUGGUGAUACAGCCAGAGAGAGAGAGAGAGAGUGUGUGUGUGCACGAAAGCAAGAGAGAGCGAGAGAGGGUGAGAGAGAAGAAGUGAAAGGGAAGAAAUAAGGGAAGAAAGAAGCAGAGAAGAAAAGAGGGAGGAUACAACCACUACAACUAUGCUGUGCUGCUUAAGAAGAACCAAACAGGUGGACAAGAACGAGGAGGCGGACCAGAAGAUUGAGCAAGAUGGCACCACCAACAAACCCGAGGACAAGGCCCACAAAGCCGCCACCAAAAUACAGGCCAGCUUCCGCGGACACAUAACUCGGAAAAAGAUGAAAGACGGAGAGGAAGACAAGGAGGGAGACAGUCCUGCUGCCGCGGAGGAGGCGACGGAGGCAGGAGAGGAGGCCAAGAAAGCCGAGGGAGAGGAGGCACCCGCAAAGGAGGAGAAAGCCGCAACCGAGGAGACCAAGAAGGAGGAGGAGACGAGCCAAGCCAAAAGCCCGGUGGCCGACAAGCCGGCCAAUUCUCCGGCUGCUGCUGCGGCCUCUCCUGUGGGCGCCGCCGCCGCCGCCGCAACGUCUCCCGUAGCGGCAGCGCCACCGGCUGCCGCCGCCGCCGCCGCCGCCGCCUCACCCACGGCCGCCACGGCGCCCUCCGAGUCCCCGAAAGAGGAGCCAAAGGCGGAGGAGAAAGUGGAGGAGAAGCCCAAAGAGGUGGAGGCCCCGGCGGCGGCAGCCAAGAGUCCCACAGCAGCCACAGCUGAGGAGAAGAAGGAGGAAGAGGAGAGCGAAGAGAAAAAGGAGGCCAGACAAGCCGAAGUGCCUGCUGCGGUCAACCCGACAGCUGAGAAGGAGGAGCCUAACCAAACUAAAGAUAAACAAGAUGCUGCAGAGGAGUCUAAAGCAGAGGAGGCCGCUCCGGAGGGCACCGGGUCCAAGGAUGACUAAGAGGCAAAGUCUCACCUGAAGAAAUGCAGAAUUCAGAAUAUGAAGAAUAACACAAAAAUCUAAAAAAGGUUGCUCUUUGCCUUCCCAGUGUGAAGGCAGUCCGUUUCUAUUUGUUUGUCAUUUUUUGUGUGGCAAUGAUUUUACUCAUGUCGGGGGAGUUUCCAGCGUUACGUUUUUUGGCUCAAGCUAAUAUGAGGAAGUGGGGAUGAUGAUGAUGAUGAUGAUGAUGAGAGUGAUGAGAAUGAUGAUGAUGAUGACGGUUGUUAUUGAUUCUGAAAAAAAUAUUCUUAUCUUGAUGACGAAGACGUCGACGGGUUGUUGUUGAUAAUGGAGAAGAAAAAAAGAUUGUUACCUUGAUGAUUAAGAGAAUGAGCAGGAGGAUGUGAUUUGAUCUCCACUCUCUAUUAAAAUAAGUGAAAUCAGUCGUGGAAUGAAGGCUCCCAACUGGAUAUAUUGACACGUUUAAAAAUGCAUUGUGAAUGCAGCACACUUUAUUUGCAUUUCAAUGCACUUUAUCCAAAACACAUUUUGCAAAUAAAAUCUGUAUAACUUCUGAGUAAAUGCACGCACAAAAAAACACCAAAAAAACAACAACAACCCGGUUUAAAAAAAUGCAACUCUACGUUUUUCGACACCGCAAAGAAAGGCGACGCACUGACACGUCGGAUGGAGAAUAGAAUGUAUCAUUAAAUGUGUGACACUUCCAGUUGGGCAGCUUUAUCCUGAAUCCAUAACCCACACACACACAGGACAAGACUAUUAGUCCUUCUCUAUUCUGCUUGAGUCUUUCAAGCUUGGUUUACACCCCUUUUACAAACUCACAUUUACAGUAAAGGACCUGCUGCCAUUUAAAUGACAUAAGCAUAUAAUAAAUCUAAAAGUCAGCUCUGGUAUUGGUGUAACUGGCUCUUACAUGACUAUUUGUGUUCUGACAACCAACACGUGAGAACAGUAGCAUGAACCAUCGAACCAGAUGCAUGAUGGGAACUCUCCCUCUGAGAGGAACUUUUUUCGCAGUCACAAAAAAUUUAAGAGGUGUGGUGGCUUCUUUUUGAUGUCUUUGGUGUUGUUAUGACAGUUUAUAUGAAUUGGAAGAAGAAAAAAAAAAUUCAGAAUGAAAUUAAAAAAAUGCACUGAUGUUACGCAAAAAAAAUUAAAUAAAAAGAUGAAAAAAAGUAAAAAGAAAGAUCAAACAAAAAAAUACUUUUUUUCUCCCAUGUUCCAGUGAGUGCAAUGUCCAGUUUCAACCGUAUCAAAGGAGUUCAAACUUGUGAGAAAAAAAUAUGAACAAAUUCAAAUGGUUUCAAUGUCUGUUUUCAAAAUAAAGCAAAUGUGCCAAUUAUCAC